AAUACAAAACGUGGUGAGCAGCUGUAAAUAAAUAAAUUGUCAACUAUUAUUAGUUAAAAAAACAAAACAAAAAUCAAUUAUUUAAAAGUGUCAAUGUUUAAAAGAAAUUUAGUUUGUAACCAAUUGCUGGACUAUUGUAUGAAAACUUAUAAUAAAUAAUUUGCAAACGUUAAGAUUGUGGCACCGUUGAGAUAUGCGGUUAUUUAUGGUGAUUGCAAUUGUUAUAUUUGCAAUGCCAAUAACUGGACUGGGUUGGGCUGAGGGCUCUAAUAUUUUACUUGAUCCAUAUUUAAUGUGUAAAAAGACACGUCGUCUACGUGGUAAAAUGGCUGAAAUUUGCCGACACGAUUCUGCCCUGCUAAAAGAGAUCAUCAACGGCAUUAAUCUAGGCUUCCGAGAAUGUGAAUUUCAAUUUCGAAAUCGUCGCUGGAAUUGCACAACUUUACGCAAAAGCAUGAGGAAAAUCUUAAUGAGAGACACUCGAGAAACUGGCUUUGUUAAUGCCAUCACCUCGGCUGGUGUCACUUAUGCUGUGACCAAGGCCUGUACUUUGGGCAAUUUGGUAGAAUGUUCUUGUGACAAAAGCCACUCACGGCGCAAUGGUGGCCAACCACAAAUGGUGAAUGCUGUAACCGCUGUGGCGGCUUUGGAAAAACAACAGGCGGCCUAUGAGAGAAAUACAUCGAGACCGCGUAAUAAUGCAAAUAAUAGCCGGCGGGGCGGCAAUGGCAAUAGAAGACGAAAACUUUUGAAAAAUAUCAAAUUUCCCGAGGGCGAAUGGGAGUGGGGCGGCUGUAGUGAUAAUGUGAAUUUUGGUUUUCGUCAUUCGAGAAUAUUUUUGGAUUCAAAAUAUCGUCGUCGAAGUGAUUUGAGGACGUUGGUGAAGUUGCACAAUAAUAUGGCGGGGAGAAUGGCCAUUCGAGAUUCCAUACGUUUGGAGUGCAAAUGUCAUGGCCUGUCCGGUUCGUGUACCGUCAAAACUUGCUGGCUAAAAAUGCCCUCCUUUCGCGAGGUUUCCACACGCCUACGAGAGAAAUUCGAUGGUGCCUACAAAGUGGUGCUGCGCAACGAUGGCAAUAGUUUUAUGCCCGAAAGUGAAAAUGUCAAACAACCCUCGAAAUACGAUCUAGUAUACUCGGAUGAUUCGUCAGAUUUUUGUGCACCCAACAUACGAACCGGUUCGCUGGGCACACAACAUCGUGAGUGCAAUGCCACCUCCAUGGGUGUGGAUGGCUGUGAUCUGUUGUGCUGCAGUCGGGGUCACAAACAUCAUGUGGUCUCGGAAUGGGUUAAUUGUAAGUGUGUGUUUAAGUGGUGCUGUGAGGUGACCUGUGAAAAGUGUCUCGAAAAGCGGGAAGUCAAUACAUGUCUUUAGUUGGUGUUGAAUCAUAAUAAGGUGACACGAGUAUACUUAAU